AUGUUUUCUGUGCCUAAAGAAGAUCGCAACUUUAUGCGGUUCUUUUGGUUCCAAGGGAACAACCCAAAUGAAGAUCUAGUGGAGUAUCGCAUAUUCGGCAACAGACCUAGUUCCGCGGUAACAACCUUUGCCCUCAGAGUGACCUGUCGCGGUCUGGAGGCAUCCUACCUGGCCGGGACCUUUAUCGAAGAUGACGGGCUUAGCACAGCUCAGAGCGAUGAAGGAUCUAUCAACAUUUUGAGAGAAACGCGCGGGAUCUUGGCCAAAUUCAACAUACGCCUGCACAAGAUCGCUUCCAACAGAACCAACGUAAUGGCGGCCUUCCCAGACUCUGAAGUGGCGGAGGAGAUCAAGGACUUGUUGCCCCAGAACCAUCACGCCCAGGGCACCUUGGGGAUGACGUGGAACCUCAGAGAGGACCAACUUUCAGUAACCACCAGCCUCCCAGAUCGGCCUUUCUCUAGGAGGGGGGUGCUGGGAACUGUCAACGCCCCGUACGACAACAUCGGAUUCAUUAGCCCCGUUAUUCUGGCCGGUAGGCUUUUCCAGCGGUCUGUCAUCCCCAAAAAGAGUGGCGGGGACCCCAGUAUUCAAGAAUUGGAUUGGGAUGACCCCCUUACAGAUCGAUAUUCCAUGGAAUGA